AUGUUUUCAGCUAAAUUUAAGGAAUUGAAACAACAAUACCAUAGUAGUGAUGCCCGCAAGCAACUGUUUGCCUCUGAAGAUUCGCCAUUCAAUGGAGAUUCUGUAGUUAGCAGACGUAAUGUAAUGGGACAAUCUUCAGGAUCGCAAGCACAAGAGUUUUCAGGCAAUGAAAAUGAUAGCUUACCCCUGUACCAUGGAUUGGAAAAGGAACAAUCAGCUUUCCAACGAGGUAAUGCUCAAUUGGAAAUGAUUUUAGAAAUGGGGUAUCAAUCACUGGAUGAUAUUGUGGAGCAAAAUCAGAUUUUACAAAAGAUGCAAGACAAGAUGACCCGUUCCUUAACUACGCUUGGUGUUUCACAGGGCACUAUUAGCAAUGUUAACAGGCGGCUCUUUAAGGACAAACUUAUCUUUUGGAUCGCAUUAGUACUAAUGUUCCUAGGUAUGUACAUGUUAGUUAAAUGGUUGAGAUGA